GACAAACCUUCCCUUCUUCCGUCUUAGCUGUUGAUUUUAAAGUGAAGAAGAUGGUGGUGGACGGCCAUGCAGUACAGCUUGCCAUAUGGGACACAGCAGGACAGGAGCGUUUUAGAACACUGACUCCCAGUUACUACCGAGGAGCUCAAGGUGUUGUUUUAGUGUAUGAUGUUACAAGAAAAGACACUUUCUCAGGACUAGAGAGCUGGCUGAAUGAGCUGGAAAUGUAUACCACGAAAAGCAACACGGUGAAGAUGUUAGUUGGCAAUAAAACCGAUAAGCCUGAUCGUGAAGUAGAGAGAAGAGAAGGGCUCCAGUUUGCUAGGAAACACUCACUGCUUUUUAUAGAGACCAGUGCCAAGACACAGGCUGGAGUGCAACAUGCCUUUGAGGAACUAGUCAUAAAGAUCCUGCAGACACCAGGUCUUUGCGAUAAAAGCAUAGAGAAGCGGAGAGUCCAGAUAAUGGAAUCUUCAGCACAGCAGGAUAAAAGCUUAUGUGGUGCAUACUGUCCGCUUUCUUAA